AUGCGCCUCUUCCUGCUGCCAAUCUCCACGCGGCGCACCCUCAUCUAUUGCGAGCGCAAGACCACCCACCCCGGCGGCCAGAGCUCCUACCUCGACAAGGCCAUCGACAAGACCAGCCAACUCUGGUCCAACUGGGAGAAGACGCCCCACGACCAGCCGCUGUGGAAGGGAGGCUGGAAGCGCACCGUCACCGUCCAGGGCAACCAGAUUCUGCGCCGCAUCCCUUUCCAAGAAUGGGGCCUGAAGACGAUACCACCCCUUACAAAGGCCCGCAAGGAGGCUGAGCUCGAGGGCAAGGAAAAGAUCGAGAUUGUCUUCCCGGGCCUAUUCUUAAAAGAAGAGCGCGUGGGAGGCAUUCUGCAGCAGCUGGCUACUGAGCGGCAGUCUCUGCACAAGAAGCGGCUAUGGUGGAGCAUCGUCGGAAUGCCUAUUUCCGCCCCGUUCGCCCUCAUCCCCAUAAUACCGAACAUCCCUUUCUUCUAUCUCGUCUUUAGAGCGUAUUCGCAUUGGAAGGCGCUGUCGGGCUCGAAACACCUCGAAUUUAUCAUGAACAACAGUCUCAUCAAACACAGUCCCUCGCGUGCGCUGGACGAGGCUUAUGCGGCGGGGCUCAUUCACCCAACGCGGCAACAUUCGCGAAACGCACAGGCUCCCAGCAGAGAGCAGGCCGAGGAGGUCGCGCAGAUCGUUCACAAGCAAACGAACAACGAGACGGAGGACGUGAUGAUGCUGCAGCGGUGGAACGGGAAACUCCUGGCCGAACGGUUCCAGCUUCCGGAAAUGGAGGUUGAGAUUGAGCGUGCGGUGGAGCAGGUCGAGAAUUCGAUCAAAGCAAAGGAGGAGUUGAAAGAGGAAAAGGAGGAAAUAGAGCGGGCUACGGAGUAUCCCGAAGAUGGCACCAAGCCCCAUAAGAAGGAUUGA